AGUGGCCGACACUGAUCAUCCUCAGUUCCGAUUCCAGAUCCGAAGCUGUACAACCAACUCAUCAUGACCGGAUUCCGUGCUUGCAUCCUCUUGGCUGUUGCCUGCGCCGCCUAUGGUGGCUACGUUGUGCCGACGUACGGUGCCGUCGGCUACCCCUACGGGGGCUACGUGCCAUACGGCGCGUACCGCGCCCCGUACGGCGUGUACCGCGCCCCGGUGUACCACACCGUGCCCGCCCCCGUCAAGUACGUGGUGCACACUCCGGCGGUGGAGGCCAAGGUGACCGACACCUACGAGACCCAGCCUUCCGUGCCGGUGUCCGUGUCCAAGACCUACACCACCACGCCCGUGCACACCACCGUGGCCGUGCCCGCCGCCACCAAGGUGGUCACCUACCCGACUUACUCGAGCUACCCGACUUACCCGAGCUACCCGACCUACUACGGCUAUGGAGUGUCCCCAUACGGCUUGAGCUACGGUUACGGAGUCGGAGGCUACCAGUACGUCCCGGUCCUCAAGAAGUAAACCAUUUGAGAAACCCUGGCCCAUCACGCUUUCCUGACCAAGCGUCCUGCCCCCGGUAGCGCCAUUCGAACGCAACAGCUGCAUCUCCGCACGGCAUUCCCACUGCACCCUUCGUCAUUCGUUCGUCCAGAAUUCACCCACCAACCAUCAUUUUUUUUAUUUUCUUGUCGCAAAACUUCAAGGUCUAAGCAAUAAAAUACUACUUUGUCCGCAACGAA